AUGUCUUCCCCGAAAUCCCGUGCUCAGUCUUCCUCUGUUCAAGUUCCUCCAAAUUAUAUUACUGGGAUUGGGAUUGAUAAGCACGCAAUAGAGAAUACCCUGGUCUUGGGUCCACACUGGUUUGGUUCUGUUCUUGUUGAAAUGGCGGACCUGUUCAAAGAUGACGCCGAAGCUCCCCUAUGUUUCGAAAGUUCUUCUGCUCUGGCUUCUCAUUCUUGGGUUAGUAAGAACUUGAGCCGUUCGUUCCCAUCUAGUGAAGUGAGAAAUAGUCCAGUCAAGUGGGCUGACUGGAUUGACAGGCUUCUUCCUCGGUUUGGGGCUCACUGGAAACGGGCUGGUAUUUAUGACGUCAUCCUGCUGUCUAAACAGUCUAUUAACAGGGAUGAAAAUCUCUUGGCUGCAUCUCUCUGCUUCUGGAAUUCUGCCAGCAAUACCUUUGAUUUUCGUGUGGGCUCGAUGUCACCAACCUUGCUGGAUAUGGCUCAGAUCUUCGGAUUCAGGCCCCAUGGAAGACCUGUUGAUGCCAUUGGGGAUUAUCAUCGAAGGAAGAACCAAGAAAAACUGUCCAAGCCUUUCACCGUUUCUUUAGCCGUGAUCAACCAAAACUGUUCUUUUUCCAAUUAUAUGAGGAAGUUUAGUGUUGAGAAGGACAAGGAUCAGCAACACAUGUUGUUCCUCCUGUACUGGCUGAACAGGUUUGUUUUCCCAAAUCGUUCCUCAGCAGUUCUGCUUGAGUACAGACACUUGGCAGAGGCCUUACACAAUCAUACUGACGUCGGACUUGGGCCUACUAUUUUGGCUCAUUUGUUCAAGAAUCUGCACACUGCCACUCUGGAUGAUCCAAAUCUGGCUGCAAGUUUAUUUCCCGGAACUAAGGUUUCCAGAUAUAGUUCUGCCUGA